CCCCUUUUUUACACGGCCCACGCGUUUAAAUAUACUUUCCUUUCUAGGGUUGUUUUUUCCUUCUUUCCUUCUCCUACUCCCUUUGUUCUCUGUCUUUGCUUUCUCUCACUGAAUCUGCUACCCCCUUGCUCUUUGAACAUGGCCACCGCCGAUAGUAUCCUUGCUAAUUUUUCACCUCUGGAAGUUGCAGAUUCACUGGAGAAUUUGUCUAUGGAUUCACAAGCCAAGACCACAAAAGUUCCUGAGCCUGUUAAGAAGGAUUUUUACAGUGAUAAUGGCUCUUACAUGUACCAGCAAGCUUAUGGUUAUAUGCCAUAUGGGGCAUAUUCCAUGCCCGGUUCACCUCUUCCACUUAUGGGACAUGACGGCCAGCUGCAUGCACUGCAAGAAUACUAUUAUCCAAGUACUUAUUACCAACCGCCUCAGCAAACUAGUAAAACAGAUGCUUCUCAAGUGGAGGUUUCAACUGUCAAUGCAGAUGAUCAAGCUUCUUUAUCAACUGAAACAAAUACAGGAAAUUUGAGCACUGUAGAAAGUGGUGCAGGUUUGAGUGGUAAUAAUGGUUCUGGGUCACAAAAAUCAACUUUCAAGGUCUCCUCUCUAAAUCCGAAUGCUUCCUAUAAAAGAGAAAGCUUUCCAACAGGUAAUCUAUCCGAAGGUCAUCAGAAUUCAAGAUUUAGCUACGAAGGGGUCCAGCCAACAAUUCCUUGCUUAGAUAUGUCAGUGUCUUCUAAUGGGCAAUCCAAGCAUACCGCUAAUAAUGGAUUCUCUUCAUAUGCAAAAAACCUUUCGUCUGGCAGAAAUGAGAAUCUUCAUCCCUUCCCUCAUUUCAUGCAUUUACACAAUGCAAGACCAUCAUCAGGUGUAGCCCAAGCAUUUGGAUACAUGAAUCACAUUUACCCUAACAACAUGACCUAUGGCCAUUAUGGAAACACCAAUGGAGGGGGUUCUGGUUCUGGUUUUGGAUCAUAUGGCUACUCUGCCUGGAAGAAAGGGCAAGGGUGCUAUAAUGUUGGUAACAACAACAAAUCUAGGGGUCUUGGUUAUGGAAAAGAGAAUAUGGAUGGUUUAAAUGAGCUGAACAAAGGACCCAGAGUGAAAGGGAGUAGCAACAAGGAUGGUUUUGGAACUGCAACACUAGCUGUUAAAGAUCAGAACCUUCCAUUGACUGAGAGCAAUAAGGAGAACAGUGUUUCUCUUGUUCCAGAUCUGGGACAGUACAACAAAGAGGAUUUUCCUGAGAGUUAUUCGAACGCCAAGUUUUUUGUUAUUAAAUCAUAUAGUGAGGAUGAUGUCCACAAAAGUGUCAAAUACAAUGUGUGGGCCAGUACAUCUAAUGGCAACAAGAAGCUUGAUGCAGCAUUCCAUGAGGCCAAGGAGGAGCCUGAUGGCUGUCCUGUAUUUCUAUUGUUCUCGGUUAAUACCAGUGGUCAAUUUGUUGGGGUAGCAGAGAUGGUUGACCAAGUAGAUUUUAACAAGACUGUAGAGUACUGGCAACAAGACAAGUGGACUGGUUGCUUCCCUGUGAAGUGGCACAUCAUUAAGGACGUCCCAAACACUUUGCUGAGGCACAUAACACUUGAGAACAACGAGAACAAGCCUGUCACUAAUAGUAGGGACACCCAAGAGGUUAAUUUUGAGCAGGGGAUCCACAUUCUUAAAAUUUUUAAAGAUCAUCCCAGUAAGACGUGCAUUCUUGAUGAUUUUGAAUUUUAUGAAGCUCGUCAAAAGACAAUCCAAGAGAAAAAGGCUAAGCAUCAGCUGUUACAAGAAAAGGUUUUGAGUGGAGAGCCUAAUGAUGCUGUAAUGGAGAAGAAAGAAAAUGUGGCAAUAGCAAAGAACGCUUCGGAAAAAUCUGUGGAGUCAGCCUUGAUAAAAGAACCAACUGUUGCAUCAACAACAGAAGUAGUAAAGGCUAAUGUCGAUGUGAAACCCGUACAAGAGAAUGGAUCAGUUACAGCAACUGAAGAUGGCCCCAACUCAGUUUGUGUUGCAAGUGCUUGCUAAUUGCCUUCUUAGAUUUGGAAAUAGUGUUGUACUUUUGGUUGGUUAUUGACAAGUUAGCUGAUUCAGAUCAGAGCCUCUGAUUGGCUGGGACUGGUCUAUAGCUUAUUCCAUGGAGGUAGGAAUGAGCAACACCUUUCAGCAUUGUAGGCAAAAUAGCAAUUAGCAGCAUGGUUAGACUGAAUGUGACUGCUCAAUAGCGUGAGGUUUCUUUUUUGUCUUUCAUUUCUCAUCUGUUUUCCUGGGUUUUUUUCUUUUUCUUAAGGAGAAGGAAUUGAGAAUGAAAAAUAUUACUCCUAUUUGCAUCUUGCAUUUGAUGAAGUGGGUUUUUGUUAACAUUUCUAGUAUAGGGAAGUAAAAGAGUUGUAUUGCAGACUUGUUAUGUUCUUGUUCACAAUCUAUAAUUUAUGGGGUGUAAUAAAUUUCUUUUGUGUGAGAAA